UGGCAAGAAGGUUAGUUCCUGCUCUCCUCUGGCCGUUUCCUGUAAUCGUACAGUGUUGUGAGACGGAGAAAGCCAUGUGUGUCGAUGCAAAGUUUCAUUAAUCAAAACAAAGAACUGGACAACUAAUUGUAGCCUCCAUCUAAGCGUCCCUGCAGUAUUGUGCCCAUCUCCCUUUGUGGAGGGGGCAAAAUGGCCGAUCCAAUCAUGGACCUCUUUGAGGAUACACCUCUGUUCAACCUGGACGCCAUACCGGACGAUUCUUUCACUCAGGGCUCCUCAGAUCCCGUGGAGGAGGCCCUGAAGCUAGCACUGGGCCAGGUUGACCCACUCUCUGAGCCCGAACCCACUCCAGAGCUAACAGUCAACACUGGUCUGAGUAUACAUGCAGCAACUCCUGUCAUCCCAGAGCCUGUUCCCAUCCAAAUCUCUGCACCUCAACCUGUCCCAAUAGCACCUGCCCAGACUGUUUCUUUAGCACCAGCCCCUGCAGUUGAAACGGUUCAGCAGAUCCAGACCUCUGUGCCCACCGGUAACACCGUGCUGCUGAGCUCUCCUCUGACUGUUUCUACCGCUCAAACCGCCACCACUGCCACCUCACAGCAGCUCACUCAGAUCACUCACCAGCUCACACCCCAGCAGCUCGCCGCCAUCACACAACAGGCAGGCGGGAAAAUCGUCAUCCUCAAAGGGCCCCAGGGUCAAGCUCAGGUGCUGCAGACUGUGUCUGGAGCUACAGGACAGACUGGUGGAAAGGUCAUUCGACUGUUGUCUGGAACCUCCCUAAAACCCGGCAUGUCAAUUUUGCAAGGAGGAACAGUUCUGAAUCAGGCAAAUGCAGGACAGACUCAAGUUAAAGUGGGCACUGCGGGAGUACAGAGGCUGCUACACUCUCCCAACGGGCCAGUCAAACAGGUGCUGCUGACCUCCAUGCCCCAGCAGGUGCAGCAGACGCAGGGCCAGUCAGUUCAGGUUCAGAUUCCAGCAGCUGCUCAAGUUGCCCAGGUCCAACCACAGACAGUCCAGGUCCAGACUCAAGUCCAGUCUCAAGCUCAGACCACUCAAAUCCAAGUCCAGCCGCAGACGGUCCAGGUCCAGCCGCAGACGGUCCAAGCCCAGACUACUCAAAUUCAAGUCCAGCCUCAGGUCCAGACCCAGGUGCAGCUCCAGCCCGCCAUGCAGCCCCAAACUCCGGGAAGUGAAGCAAAGCGUAUCACACUCGUCCUCCAGCAGCCGUCUCAAAGCAGCACAGCGUCUGCCCCAGCAGCUCAGACUGUGGCCCAGCAGCAGCCGGUGGCUCAGGUCCAAGUUGCUCAACAGCAGCAGCCGCAGACGCCCACCAGGCUUGUGUUGGGGCAGCUUCCCGGAGGAAAACUGGUGCUACAAGGGAGCCAGCUAGCUGCCCUAACCCAGGCUCGGACAGCAGGGCAGCCUGGGGGACAGCCAAAAGUCCUCACCAUUCAACUGCAAGUGCAACAGCAGCCCAACCAACAGGGGGGUGUCAAGUAUCAGCUGGUUUCUGGAGCCAGUAAUACUGGCAGCCCACAAGUCUUGCAGAUUUCCCAGGGCCAGGGAGGACAGAGGGUUGCAUUGCCUCUUAAAAUGCUUCUGCAGCCACAGGCUAGCUCAGCAUCCUCAGCAGGUGGCACUGUUUCUGUAGUGAAGGUAAUAAACUCUUCAGCUGCUGGUACCUCAACCACAACCACCUCUCCAUCCCAGGCCAUUCGCAUCACGAAGGCGAGUGGUGAACCAGCCUCUGUGAGGCGUGUGGAGAUCCUGUGCAAACAAGAAAAGGCUAAUCGGAUUGUGGCUGAAGCUAUAGCCCGUGCUAAAGCACGUGGAGAGAAGAACCUCCCAAGAGUCUUGAACCAGGAUGAACUUCCAGCGUCACAAAUGUCUCCAGAAAUAGGCGGCACUGUGACUGUUGUCACCACUCCAAAAAAAAAGAGCAGUGGAGGAGGGAGCAAGAAGAAAACACCUUUAGCCUCAACACCCAAAAUGGGUGCAGUGGCCGAUAAAAAGGGCAAAGCGAAGCCGCCAGGGGGAACAAUCACAGUGAUUGGGGGCACAGUAAUGACAGCAUCUGGAAACAAAAGCAAGAGCAAAACUAAACCAAACACAAUUACCCUUGUGGGUGCAAAGAAAAGAAAGCGCAAUGCAUCUUCUGACCACUCAGAUGGAGAACUUAGCCCAGCCUCACCGGCUAUGCUUGAUGAAGACCUGAUCAUGAAGAGGCGUUCCAAUCGAGUAGUGAAAAGAAAGAAAUACACUGAAGACUUGGACAUUAAAAUCACAGACGAUGAGGACGAGCAGGAGGAUGUAGAUGUUACUACAACUGCUGCAGCGGUGGCCUCCAUCAGUGGUGUGCCUCCUGUUCACAUCCCUCAAGAAGUGGAGCUGGAUGGUGAUGGUUUACCCAGCAUGCAGUUCUUUGUGGAAAACCCAAGUGAGGAAGAUGCAGCUAUUGUUGACAAAAUAUUGUCUGUGAGGUUAACUAAAAAAGAGGUGUGCCCUGGCCAGUACACCAAUGUUGAAGAAUUUUUUGUUAAAUAUAAAAAUUAUUCAUAUCUCCAUUGUGAGUGGGCCACUAUGGAGCAGCUGGAAAAAGAUAAAAGGAUAACACAAAAGAUUAAGCGAUUUAGGACAAAGCACGCACAAAUGAGGCAUAUAUUCCAAGAGGAGGAAGAGCCUUUUAAUCCGGACUAUGUGGAGGUGGACCGCAUUCUAGAUGUAUCCCACAGUGUGGACAAGGACAAUGGAGAGCCUGUCAUUUAUUAUUUAGUGAAGUGGUGCUCCCUCCCUUAUGAGGAUGCCACCUGGGAGCUUAAAGAAGAUGUUGAUGAGGGCAAAGUUGAGGAGUUCAACAAAAUUAAAAACCGACAACCUCGUCUGAAAAGAAUGCCCAGACCACCUGCUGCUUCUUGGAAGAAAUUGGAAGAUACACGGGAAUACAAAAAUGGCAAUAUUCUUCGAGAGUACCAGCUUGAAGGAGUUAACUGGCUGCUCUUCAAUUGGUACAACAGACAAAACUGCAUAUUAGCGGAUGAGAUGGGGCUUGGAAAGACUAUUCAGUCUAUUGCAUUACUGUCUGAAAUAUACAAUGCCGGCAUUCAAGGCCCCUUUCUGGUCAUUGCUCCACUCUCAACUAUCACCAACUGGGAAAGGGAGUUCUCCACGUGGACUCAUAUGAAUGCCAUUGUUUAUCAUGGGAGUUUGGCCAGUAGACAGAUGAUCCAGCAGUAUGAGAUGUACUGCAAGGAUGAUAAGGAGCAUUUGAUUCCUGGUGCAUACAAAUUUGAUGCCCUGAUCACCACCUUUGAAAUGGUGUUGUCCGACUGUCCAGAGCUGAGAGAGAUCUCCUGGCGUUGUGUCAUUAUUGAUGAAGCCCAUCGUCUUAAGAAUCGCAACUGCAAGCUACUAGACAGUCUGAAAAUGCUUGACCUGGAACACAAGGUUUUAUUGACUGGCACCCCUCUUCAAAACACUGUGGAGGAACUGUUCAGUCUGUUGCACUUCCUUGAGCCUGCACAGUUCCCAUCGGAGUUUGAGUUCCUCCGAGAAUUUGGAGAUCUCAAAACAGAAGAGCAGGUUCAAAAACUACAGGCCAUUCUCAAACCAAUGAUGUUACGAAGGCUUAAAGAAGAUGUUGAAAAGAAUUUGGCACCAAAACAGGAAACCAUAAUUGAAGUUGAGUUGACUGAUGUUCAGAAGAAGUACUAUCGGGCAAUCCUAGAGAGAAACUUCAGUUUUCUUAGUUUAGGAGCAAGCAGUAAUAGCAAUGUCCCCAAUCUGCUCAACACAAUGAUGGAGCUGCGCAAGUGCUGCAACCACCCCUACCUCAUUAAUGGCGCGGAAGAGAAGAUUGUAGCAGAGUUGCGAGAGGUGUAUGACCCCACUGCGCCCGACUUCCAUUUGCAAGCCUUGAUCCGUUCGGCCGGAAAGCUGGUGCUACUUGACAAGCUGCUGCCACGUCUUAAAGCUGGUGGCCACAAAGUGCUCAUCUUCUCUCAGAUGGUGCGCUGCCUCGACAUUUUAGAGGACUACCUCAUCAACAAAAGGUAUCUUUAUGAGCGCAUUGAUGGCAGAGUGCGUGGGAAUUUACGUCAGGCUGCCAUUGACCGCUUCAGUAAACCCGACUCGGAUCGAUUUGUCUUCCUGCUGUGUACCCGCGCUGGGGGCCUGGGUAUCAACCUCACCGCUGCUGACACCUGCGUCAUCUUUGACUCCGACUGGAACCCACAGAACGACUUGCAGGCACAAGCCAGAUGUCAUCGAAUUGGCCAGUCCAAGGCAGUCAAAGUAUAUCGCCUUAUCACUCGAAACUCUUAUGAGCGAGAAAUGUUGGAUAAAGCCAGUUUGAAGCUUGGCUUGGAUCGUGCUGUUCUGCAGAGCAUGAGUGGCAACAAAGACACCAGUGUUAAUGGGAUCCAACAGUUUUCAAAGAAGGAGAUUGAGGAUCUUUUGAGGAAAGGCGCUUAUGCUGCUAUUAUGGAUGAAAAUGAUGAAGGCAGUCGCUUCUGUGAAGAGGAUAUCGACCAGAUCCUUCAACGCAGAGCAACUACCAUCACCAUCGAGAGCGAGGGGAAGGGCUCUACUUUCUCCAAGGCUAGUUUUGUGGCUUCAGAAAACCGCACAGACAUUGCACUGGAUGACCCAGAGUUCUGGCAAAAGUGGGCCAAGAAAGCUGACAUAGACAUGGACUCCAUGAACAGAAAGAAUACGCUUGUAAUUGAUACUCCACGAGUGCGUAAACAAACGCGGCAGUUCUCUUUGAGAGGCGAAGGCGACAUGUCAGACCUGGACAGUGAUGACGAAUAUCCACCGGCAAAUUCUCGGCAGUCACGAGCCUCAAGACGAGCAGAGCGCCACAGCGGAGGAGGCUACGGUCGCACUGACUGCUUCAGAGUUGAGAAACACCUCCUGGUCUAUGGUUGGGGUCGCUGGAAAGACAUCCUCUCCCAUGCGAGAUGUAAGCGGCGUCUGAGUGAACGUGAUGUGGAAACCAUCUGCCGUGUGAUCCUUGUGUUUUGUCUAAUCCAUUACCGUGGUGAUGAAAACAUCAAAAGCUUUAUCUGGGAACUUAUCACGCCACCAGAGAAUGGACGAGAACCUCAAACAUUACUCAACCAUUCAGGGUUGUCCAUCCCUGUGCCUCGUGGGAGGAAGGGGAAGAGGGUGAAGGCCCAGAGCACUUUCGAUGUUCAGAAAGUUGAAUGGAUCCGAAAGUACAACCCGGAUACUUUAUUGCUGGACGACAGCUAUCGCAAACACCUCAAGCAUCAGUGCAACAAGGUGCUGUUGAGGGUGCGUAUGCUUUACUACCUUAAGCAGGAAGUGAUUGGGGAGCAUGCGGAAUCUGUCCUUAAAGGAGCUGAUAUCAGGGAUCUGGAUAUCUGGAUGCCAGAAAUGGAACAAACUGAGGUGCCCUCUACCUGGUGGGAUUCUGAAGCAGACCGCUCGCUACUUGCAGGUGUAUUUAAGCACGGUUAUGAGAUGUAUACGACCAUGAGAGCUGAUCCUUGCCUCUGUUUCUUGGAGCGGGCGGGUCGUCCGGAUGACAAGGCCAUUGAUGCGGAACAACACACUGGUGAUGCAGAACUUGGAGACGAUGCGGAUUUUGACAAGUAUUCAGAGGACCCAGAGUUUAAACCAGCAUCAAGACUACCCAAAGACCUCUAUGAUGAGUCUGACUCAAUGAACGUAGAGGAUGAAAUUUCAGUGGAGGACAAAGUGGGCCCAGUGGUCUCAGAACCAGCAGCAGCUCAGAGCGGUCCUUGUCAGUGGCCUUCCAGUUCAUCACUAACGGCACGAUUGCGAAAGCUGAUCACUGCAUACCAACGUAGCUACAGACAGGAGCAGCUAAAGAUCGAGGCUGAGGCUAAAGGUGACCGCAGACGGAGGAGGUGUGAACAAGCGAGCAAGCUCAAGGAGAUAGCACGUCAGGAACGGCAGCAAAGAUGGACACGCAGAGAGGAGUGUGAUUUCUAUCGCGUGGUGUCUACGUUUGGUGUGGAAAAGAUGAAGAAGGAGCCAGGUCUUGAAACUGGAGGAGCUGAGUUUGACUGGACUCGCUUCCGUACAUUUGCACGUUUGGACAAAAAAACUGAUGAGAGUCUGAGUCGAUACUUCCGCUCAUUCGUUGGAAUGUGUCGGAAAGUCUGUCAUCUGCAUCCAGUUCGGGCAGAAGAUCCAGCUGAGCCCACUGUAGCUGUAGCUCCCAUCACUGAGGAGCGUGCUUCCCGUACCCUUUACCGCAUUAGCCUUCUUCGCCGCCUCCGUGAGCGAGUCCUGCCCCAUCCCUCUCUGGAGGAGCGUCUGGCCUUGGCUCCGCCCAGUGCGGAGCUUCCUGCCUGGUGGAGUACCCCGGAGCACGACCGCCAGCUGAUGCUGGGCGCUUCACUACAUGGUGUCAGCCGCACAGAGCUCUCAAUCUUUUCAGAUCCGCAGUUCACUUUCACUCGAGCUCGAGACGAGUUUGUCCAAAAUCAACAAGCGCCUCCCCCACCACCUCCUCCUCCUCCACAGCCCCAGAGUCUAUUGCCACUUGUGCAGCUGAAGUCUGAGGAGGAGCUCUCAACUGUGAAGGAAGAAGGCCCUGAGCAUGGCCACCUGCUUGGAGCUGAUCUGUCUACUGAUCUGACAGGCAUGCCCCUCAGCCACAAUGUGAAACCUGGAGACCAGAGCUGGAGCUUCAAGAGGAGCAAAGUGAAGUCCAGCCGAAGAAAGGAGGGUGGCUCAGACUCUGACUCUGACUCUGAUUCAGGCUCAUCGUCGUCUGAUCGCUCUGGAAGCAGUGACGAAAGUGGGGACAGCGACGACGAGGGAGAUGGAGCAGGCAUGAAAAUAAAUGAUGAGAAUAGUUUACUGUCAAUCACUCAGUCUCAAGAUGGUAAUCCACCCCCUCUCAGAGUUGACUGGCCAAAGGACCGUGUGCUUAUCAACAGACUGGAUAAUUUGUGUAACCUGGUGCUGUCAGGUCAGUGGCCAUCAGGGCGGCGCUAUUUGCCAGAGGUCCAGCUCAACCCCAUUGUAGACUUUGGAGGUGAUGAAAUGUCCUACACGAGGUUGAUCCGUAAACCUUUGCCCAUCGGCCCAGGCGCUGAGGGAGAGGAUGGAGAGUUCACAGUCAAACUUCUCAAGGAAGAAGGCUUGAAGUUGACCUUCUCUAAGCAGGCUCUUAUGCCCAAUGGCUCAGGGGGAGAGAGUAGCCGCAAGAAACGCAAGGAUCUUGAGUUUUCAGACCCAGAGGGGAUUAAUGAUCCACUGGAGCGUACUCCCCGUCGAAGAGACCCUCCAACAUGGCUAAAAGAAAACCCAGAUUAUGAAGUUGAGGGGGAUAUGCUGGAGCUUCUGGUGAACAGGAGCAAACGGAAACGAAGGCGAAAGGCUGACAAAGUGUUGACAGGCACAGAGAAGGUCAAACUGAUUAACAUGAGGACGGGCAAAAAGGUUGGAGCAGCUUUCUGUCCAAUGCUACAAGACCUGAGAGAAUAUCUAGAGGAAAACACAGAUAAUGCUGUGGCACCAGAUUGGUCUGAAACUGUGCGCAAAUCUGGCUUCUUGCCUGAACAUCUCUUCCACCGGCUGCUAAAUGAGGAUUCGGAAAUUCCCAAGAAAAGCAAAAAGCGACACCACCAUCAUCAUCAUCAUCACCACCACACUCCGGACCCCACUCCAGAGGAGCCCAGUCUGGACGGAGUGGAGGAGGAGACCCUAGUGUCGGACGGAGCCUACAUGAUGGAUGAGGAGGACUUGGAAGCCUCCCAUCACUUCCUCACCAGUCCAGACUUUGAUGUGAAAAUGGAGGGCGGAGACAGCCUUUCCCAGGACUAUGACAGCUCAGACCAGGAAGCUCUUUUGGACGACGUCAUCUUGGCUCAGAAAGACACUGACUCCUCCUCCAGUUCAGAGGAUUGACCGGCCCCCACACCCUGAACAAAUCAGACUGUGUCCUCAUUGGAAAAAAAAUCAUGUUAUUCCUCAUUUAUUUUUACUGUGUAUCAAAUAAUGGAUAAAUGUUUUGUUGCUACUUUUAUCGUUUAUUUUAUAUAGGAGUUUUUCUUUUUCAUGAACUGAUGUUUGCACCCAUCUGUUUUUCAUUUUCAUCUUUAAUACUUUGUCCUUCUCAAAUCCUCACAAGUCAAAAAGAUUUAUUGGCUUUGCCUCCUCUUCCACCAAAUCUUGAAUUCCUAUCACAUUCCCAGCCGUGACCAAAAGAGGACCCCUGUUGUACCAAUCCCCCUUUUCUACAGACCUCAAAGCUGGUUCUAGAUGAAUCUGGACUCAACCCCAUCACACAAUCCUCUGCUAUUUGGUCGGUCCAAAUCAGAUGAGCUGAGAUGGGUGUGUGAAUGUACUGUUAAUGUUUUCAUGUGGGAGGGUUGGGGUAAAGAGGGACAUAAUAGUUACUGAAGCAGGACUAGAAGGAUGAUGUGUUGUACAUUGUAGAGCUUGUCAAUUGUGUACUAUGGUGCAAAGAUGACAGCAAUGAGUUACUAUUCUUGUUUUAUGACCUGACUGUGUCUGUGAUGAAUAACAGCAAUCUACAGUGAA